UCCCAAUGGAGACUUGUCCAACACAAUAUGAAAAUCUGCUUGGAAAAGUCGAAUUUACUGUUAUUUUGUGCGUUUUUUGCGUAUACGUGAUUUUGAUUAGGGGUUUUCAAUGUUCCUUUGAAAUGGGCACGUCGAAAAAGCAUUUUUGGAAACUAUGGAUUGCUUGCUAUAACUAGAAUGCAAUUUUUUUCUUUUUCUGGAGAGUUUCAAUUUUAACUUUGAUACUUGUCCUUCUGUGGGUUCUCGACUCGAUAAAGUCACCCAUCUUCUUUGCACAAAUGAAUGCCAAUGACCACACAAUCUAAUUCAAAUCAGACUUCUUAGAUCCGCGCCGUAUACUCUGCGUAAAAAUUAUUGUAGCGAUUGUGAGCGUAUCUUAGGAUCCUUUGUUCGGCGCUUACGGCCUUUGAGCAGAGAGGGAUCUUUAUUGUGCUACACCUGCUGUGACACGGGACCUCGAUUUUUGAACAUUUCCUUUUGGAUGACCAGAAGAAGCUGAGGCGCCAACUGGAGAAGAAAAACCGGGAGUUGGAGAGCGAUGAUCUGUCUCAUCCGAAGGACCGCCCCAUUUAGUAGCCACUUAUGAUAACUGUUUUGAUGUAGUGAGUUACAUGUACAAUAUUUCUAUCAAAAUGUUCUGUAAAUAUUCCUUACUCAUAGUAAGAAAUUGCACGGUAGAGUAACGGUGCAGUCAGCCGAAUUCAAAUGGACUUUAAAUAGAAUGGGACGACUAUAUAUACAUGUAUAUAGUACAACGUUGAAAUUUUGGGAAUUUCCAUUUUCUGUUUCAUCCGAUGCAGGAAGUCACAAUAGACCGAGGAGGAAAAUUCUUGUUUUUUGAAGCAUUUACGCAUCGAGAUACACUGUACUUGAAGUUUAAUAAUCAGCGAUUAAUUUAAAAACGCAUUAAAAUUUUUAAUUGAUUUAAUCAUUAUAACUAUCUGCCCAAUAAACCGUAAGUGUAACCAAUUUUCACUGUGAGCCUGGAAAUGAACUUCGACAGAGAAUUUCAGCAUGCACUCAUCAACGGAGAAUACCACCAGUGUGUCACUCUGAGUUUCAAUUUAUAUAUGUAUAAAAGACAUGGGCCAAACUGGAGAGAGAUGGGGAUUAAGAUGUCAGAAAGACCAAGCUAAGUACACGUGUCCACGGUGUAAUACUAGAUACUGUGGACUGUCUUGUUACCGAGAUAAAAGUCACAGUGAGUGUUCAGAGGCGUUCUAUAAAACAUGUUGUAUGGAGGCCUUAGGGAAUCGCGAUGUCAGCUCUGAAGAAAAACAGAAAAUGUUGGAAAUGCUGGAUCGAUUAGAAAAAGAGGAAGCUGAAAAUUCUGAUGAAAUGGAAGAAGAACUCUUGGAUCGCUUGACUGGACUCAAUCUCGAUACAGACUCAGAGCUAAUCUGGAGCAGACUAACUGAAAAAGAGCAAGCUCAGUUCAAUAGAAUGGCUGAGGAUGGUCGCCUUGGUAACCUCGUGGAAGUUUGGACUCCAUGGUGGGAUGUUAAGAAAGAGAAGAUCAGUGAAGUAGAUGGCUUGAAGGCGAAUCAUGCUCCCAAGGUGACCCCGAAAAUCCCAGACAUCUCCAAGCUUCUCACGAAAUCCAAACCAUCCGCUGACAUAAAAAACAACGUGGUCAAUGUAUUGUACGCCUAUGUGUUUGUCUGCCGCCUAUACAAUGGUACCCACUGGGACUGCCCACAGGAAUCAGCUCUGAAACUAGUGAAAACCAGUGAUGUGAUGGCCAAACAUUCUGUCUGCAGUAGUCCGAGUGAAGCGGUGCAGCUCUGCAUGACUAAUAGAGAAUGUCAGCAGUCACAGAACUUUCUGAUUGGCCUGGUGAGUGAUGUCAUCAAGGUUCUUCAGGGUCCCAGUGGUGGGGCAGAUCUAGACUUUGUUCUGGCUGCCCUGUCAGACGUUCUACAGCUUCUGAAGAAAUCUCACAGUCAGUACAAGAGAGACGUUAAGCUUUACCAGGCUUCAUCAUCUGACUUCAUGGAGGAGAAACAGCUGCUGUUCUUAUCAAUGAAGAAAGUGGAGUUCUAUCUGGGCUGGUGUCAAAGAUGUGGCAUCGUCUUGUUGUCUGUCUUACCAGAACUCAAACUAGAACACAGUCGCCUUCUUGAGGAACUGAAAGUAACCAAUGAAGUUAGAGAGAGCAUAGAAAAAAAUCUUGACGAAUUACGUCCUCCCAAACCAGGAAGUCAACUUAUAGAGGAAUUGACGUAGAAAUCCAGGCGUAAAUUUAAAAUCUCAUCAGGAAGCUGUAGUGACAACAGUAGGAGACAUCCUAUGUGUGAGAUCAGAACACAAGACGAUGUUGAUGGAUGCUCACUAAAACCCCGCUUAGCAGCAUUCCAUUGUGUGCGACAAUGCAAUAUAACUGUACCAGAUGUUUGUCGGGGCUCUACUGAACUAGUGACUGCUAUUCACAAAAGGCUUUGGAAAUAUGUUAUCAUAAUUGGAUCAACUUUAUUACCAACAAAUGAAUGUAAACUGAUUUCAAGUAAAUUUUCAGAAAUUUCAUAAUACAGUGCUCCUUUGAUAUAUUGCCAACUUUUGUUCAAGACCAAUUUGGGCAAUAAAGCGGGAGUGGCAAUAUAACGAAUUCACCAUUACAUACAAUUCAUUGAGCAUUCAAAAGAAAUUUAAUCUUGUAAAUUUAUUUGGGCCCCAUUCUGUACAAACAUUUAGAUAAUCUUGAGUUUAAUCCAGCAAUCAUUUGUAAUUAACCUGGCCAUCUGAAUACCUUGUCCAGGCUGUCAAACUUCACUGCUAUCAAAGUACAGGUGUGAUUACUGAUAGGUGAUAGGUACUUGGCAUUAUUAUCGAGGGUAAACACUAUUAAAUUUGACCGUUUGUUCGUGAAAAUCAGUGGCAUAUGGCAUUAUGCGGGGUUGGCAUUAUAAUGGGGGGGGGGGGGGGGGGGGGGGGGGGGGGGGCUAAAUAUCGAGGGAGCACUGUAUUAAAGAGGAAUAACACAUCGCCAUGAAUUGACCGACUGCUUUUUGAAAUGCUUGAUUUAUGGAAAAAUAAACACAUGUACAUGUAUCAGCAA